AUGUCCGGUCUGAACCGGGUUGCUAGUUACAGCGAGGGCGAUGACGGGGCGGUGGUCGCAGGUUCCCGCCAGCGUUCAUCACCAGAAGAGGGGCGUCUUAUGGACAGCAGGUACUACAGCGACAUGGACAUGAAUCGUACUAUCGCAUCACACCAAAGACACAUUCAAACGUACAACGACGGGAAUUUAGAGCCGGUGCCGGAAGGUCGGAGCUUGGAGCACACACGCACGCAGUUCACCGCAACGCCGGGGAUUGACAAUAUGGGGCCCUCGGCCGUGGGCGGAGGCAUCAGUGGUAUCGCCCUUGGCGUUGCUAAUACCCAUGACCGCCAGAGUGGUGUUGACGCUUUCAGGGAAACAGCCGGUCCAUUGUACAAUGUCCCCGCAGAACGAGAUUAUCACACCACUGGCGCCGAGAAUCCGUAUAUCCCCGCACCGCCGCCACAUUCAGAAGGCACCUUUUACGCCAGCUCAGAAACCCUGCGACCGCGCGAUUCCUACGGGUCGAAUGUCGCGCUGGGCGCGGCGGGUGCAGCCCCGGGACAGUUGACGCCGACUACGGCGCCUUCUCAGCACAGCGUUCAAGAUAGUCCUUAUCAGGGGGUGGGGGCGUUCAGUGAAGGGCCCUACCAACGGCAAUCGGUUUAUUCUACGCAAAACUACCCGCUCACGUUCAAUCCGGAUGAGAUUGCAGAUGACGGGGACGAUGGGUUUGUCAACGUGGCGCCGAAGGGUGUGUCGCCGUCGAGUCAUCAGAGCUUUAACGGAACAGCAGGUGCUGCCGCCGUUGGGGGAGCCGCUACAGGUGGGCUUCUAGGUGGUUUGAGGGGCUUGUUUGGUGGGAAGAAAGACUCCAGUCCGUCGUAUGGACCGGUUCCUGGCCCAGGGCUGGAAGCAGCCGAGAAAGGACAGAGAGCUGGCUCGAUAGCCGGAGCAAGUCGGCGGAAGCGCGCGUGGAUUGUGGGACUCACCCUCGCGUUCAUUAUCGUGGCUGCCAUUGUCGGGGGAGCUGUCGGGGGCAUUUUGGGUAACCGAAGUCACGAUGGCUCGGCUGCAGCAGACGGAUCGGGCAGUUCCUCGGGCAGUUCCUCGGACGGAUCUUCGGACUCGUCUGAUGGACUGCUUGAUAAAGAUUCUUCGGAGAUCAAGGAUUUGAUGAAUAAUGCUAAUCUGCACAAGGUCUUCCCGGGAGUGGAUUAUACGCCGUGGGGAGUGCAGUACCCGCUUUGCUUGAAGUAUCCUCCUUCCCAAAACAAUGUCACGCGCGACCUCGCGGUUCUCUCGCAAUUGACCAAUACGAUCCGACUAUAUGGUACAGAUUGCAACCAAACAGAGAUGGUGCUUACUGCUAUCGACCGCCUCGAGUUGACCGACAUGAAGCUUUGGCUGGGUGUGUGGAUUGACAGCAACCAAACAACGAGCGAGCGCCAAGUCAAACAGCUUUACAACAUCAUCGAUGACGCAAACAACACCUCGAUCUUCAAGGGGGCUAUCAUCGGGAACGAAGCUCUAUAUCGCGCAGGCCCAGACAUUGCAACUGCCCAGACAACCCUGAUCAGCUACAUGACUGACGUCAAAAACCACUUCAAGCAAAAUAGCAUCGACCUCCCCGUGGGGACAUCAGACCUGGGUGACAACUGGAAUCAGGAGCUGGUCCAGGCAGCCGACUUCGUCAUGUCCAAUAUCCAUCCGUUCUUUGGCGGUGUUAAAGCCACCGAGGCAGCCAGUUGGACCUGGACUUUCUGGCAAAACCACGAUGCUCCGCUGACUGCAGGCACCAACAAGCAGCAGAUCAUCUCGGAAGUGGGUUGGCCUAGCGGUGGAGGGAAUGAUUGUGGCGAUGGCGACAACUGCGAAAAUGAUACUCAGGGAGCUGUAGCAGGUGUUGACGAAAUGAAUCAAUUCAUGGCCGACUGGGUGUGCCAGGCUUUGGAGAAUGGGACCGAGUAUUUCUGGUUCGAGGCCUUUGAUGAGCCUUGGAAGGUUCAGUACAACAUCGAAGGCGAAGAAUGGGAGGACAAAUGGGGAUUGAUGGAUGCAGCUCGCAAGCUGAAACCAGGCCUGAAAAUCCCCGACUGCGGCGGCAAGACCGCUACAUGA